AUUUUCACUUUUUUGUUAUGAAAUUAGUCUAGAAAGCAUUACAAAAACUUGAGUACAUUUGUUUGAAGCUAAUGGCUUUAAACCAUCCAUCAACUAAAAUCCUAUUUUGUUAAAAAAAAAACCUAAAAUUGGGCAUCCAUACUCAAAUCAAUUUAAUCCAAUCAACUAUGGAAGAACUCUAGUGAAUAUUAUCAAGAAAUAGAAGACCCAAAAAAAAAAAAAAAUGUAGCCCACCACUUCUCUAACCGCUUUCCCCGCUCUUUCACUAAAAGAUGAUUAAAAGCAACAACCUGAAAAUUCGGUCAGCCACUGGCUUCCAUUUCCCCACAAAUCCAAACCAACAACUCUUCAAACAAAAAUGCUGCUUCCCUGAAAUUUCCAAAUUUGAGAUUUUCCAUUUCCCAUCUCCCUCUUCCUUUCUUGAUUGAGACCAACACAUGAAUCAAGAAUCGAGAGUGCAAAAACCUUUGCCCCACAUGCUUCUGAAUUUCCAGAAUAUGUUUCUUACUGGGAAAAGCGUUUUCUUGGGUGGUGUUUGUUGGAAAUGACACUAUUGCAAGCUAGUAGACAAGAAAAGUCGAGUUCUUUCGUUUUACUUUCUAAACGGGUAUGUAUAUGUGGAUCAUAAUUUCUUCUUCAGGAAGAAAUUUUUAUGAUAAAUGCUCAAAAUGGAUGCAACAAUAAGCUUGCUUUUACUAUUGUACUAGCUUGUCACUGUAGCAGCAACAAGCACCAGCCACUCUUUGAAUUAGGAAGACAUCAACAACAAGAUGAAGGGUCUUUUGAAAGGUUUAAGAUACUUCCAACAAAUGUUCGGUAUGAUAUGAUUCUCAGUUUUCCUAGUAAGGAGGUGUGAUGGAAGACAUUAGAAACUAAUAAAAGAACCUAAAUUCCUCGAUAUGCUGCAGAGGAUAAUGAGAAGGAACCAGAAAUGGUAAUAGGGUUACCCACAGACGUAAGGCAUGUUGCACAUAUUGGACAUGAUGGUCCAUCUGCCAACACCCCGAGCUGGGUAUGCUGUUUCUUCCUUUCCCUGCAUCACACAAGAAAUCAAGCUGAUGUUGCAUUUAACUUUGUUACUUACCAACGAAAAAACUAAUAAUGCUUUUCUUACAUAGAUGAACGAGUUUAAGUCUGCCCCAGAGUUCUUGUCAGCGCCUACAAAUAAUAGUAAAGAAAGGAAACUAUUAGCUGGAGGUUUGAUUAAUUCUUUUUCUUCCCCAUUUUAAUGCUUUUCCAUCAUUCCCUGAUGCAAAGGCCAAAUAAAAGAAAUGAUUAUCUGAUAUUCUGAUGCAAAUAUUGAAAUUAAUAAAGAACUAUUUGGUUU